CCCCCAGGGGGCGGAGCGGGCGCGUGCGCAGAGGGCGCGAGCGUGAAGGCGGGAAAAGACGGGAUGGAGCGACCCGGAGUGGACGUGCCCCACGUAGAUGGCAAGGACCAGGAGCCACAGCCGUUGGGGGAGAGCAAGGAGCAUGAGCAGUGCGAGGAGAACCGCCAAGAGGAAGCUGGUGGAGAGCCAACCAGGAGUCAGGUUUCUAGCCCUUGUAUUGCCACCUCCAGUGCCAGUCGCCAGCUGACGAUGCUGGAAGGGAAGUCAGGACCCUACUUCUCCUCUCUGGACUCAACCAUCGACAUCCUGAAGAAGAGAGCCAAGGAGCUGAUUGAAAACAUCAAUGAGAAUAGGCAAAAGGACCAUGCACUCAUGACCAACUUCAGGGACAGCCUCAAUAUCAAGGUUUCGGAUCUGACAGAGAAGUUAGAGGAGAGGAUGUAUCAGAUUUAUAAUCAUCACAACAAAAUCAUCCAGGAAAAGCUUCAAGAGUUCACCGAGAAGAUUACAACGAUCAGCCAUCUGGAAACAGAGCUCAAACAAGUCUGCCACACUGUGGAGACUGUGUACAAAGACCUGUGUGUCCAGCCUGAGGCUCCUACUUCAGAAGAACAGACCCACAAAGAUGACAAAUGCUGACAGCUGCCGGGAGAUUUGCGGCUCUGUGACAGCCACCAAUAGAAGGCUCAGAGGCCACCGUACAGGCAACGCUGAGAAAUUGUUUUUCACAGUUCUGUAAUGCAUCUUGGAAAAACAAACAAAAAACCCAAAGCUCCUUGUGCUAGCCCCAAACAUGCAGCAAGUCUAUCCCCUGCCGUGGGCCCACCCUAACCCCACACAGUUGAUUAAACAUUUGAUUUCCAAUCCAGCCACACUUCCUUCACACAGAGGCUGAGAGCUGAUUAGCUACGUAGAAACAUGGCAGGCCCUUUCUUACUCAGAGGGAUGGAAAACAGACACGUCAGAAAAACUGUGUGUCAUGGCUGAUCUCCCUCAACUGAAGCCACUUAACCCAGUGUCGCACACCCAACUCCCUCAUGUCUGGUUUGCUCUUCCCCAGCUUCCAGGGCAGAAGUCAGAGAUUACAGCUUCCCUUUUAUAAAGUCAUAUAGCUGUUUACUUCCAAAAGCACAAAUGUGACCUAUUCCUCUGUUACGUAAAAUCAUUGGAAACUCCCCUCUGCUUUUCCUCAGAGU